UAAUUUACACUAUGUUCAAUUUGAUUUGUUCUUUGUUUGAUUCUUCUUUAGCUAAACUUCAAGAUGUGUUGGUUAACACUGAACAUCUAGCUCAUGGGUAUUUGAUACCUUCUCUAAUAUAAUUUGAAGUGGGUUUGUGGCUUGAAUUGAAGAGUUUCUAUCAGUUAGUCAUCUUUCUUUGUCUCUAAGGAUUUGUUCAAGCUCUAGUUGUUUGUCAAUAUAUGUAUGUAUACAGUCUUCUUUGUUUCGUUGUUUAUGUUUUUGAGAUGAACCGUGCUAUGCAGCAGAACCUUUUUAUUGAUCUUUAGUCAAUUUUGGUUAAUAAUUGGAGAUUUCCCAUUUGCAUGUUUUUAUCAUUGGUACCUUGGUGGGGUUUAGAGUUUAGAUUGAUGAGUGUGUGAGACAUGUGGGGAAAUGUUUCUAUGAGUUGGAUUUAGGUUGCAUGGCAUAAAGAAAACAAAGAGGCAAAGAAGUUGGAAUUGGAGAUUCAGAUAAGAUAAUCUACCCGUUGGUCUGAUAUCUAAGGAGUUAAGUCCUUUUUCACCGUGAUUUGAGGCUAUAAAUAGCUUUGUUAUAUUGACAAAAUUCCAGAUCCAAGGUUUUAUAGUCAGUGCCAGGGACUUCAGCUGCUUUGUGUUGUGUGGGUAAGAAUAUUCAAUUCAAUAAGAAAACUAUAUAGUUUUCAAGGUGAGUACUGUAUUUGUUUGUGUGUAAAAAAGGAAACUUAAGGAGAAGUACUUAUAGUUUGAUGGGGGUUAAGGCUUUGGCUAUGGCAUGAGGAAUCUGAAGUAUUCUAUAUGGGUAUGAAUAAGACUAUAGUUUGGUUUAGGAGGGACCUUAGAAUCGAGGACAAUCCUGCAUUAGCUGCUGCUGCUGCUGCCAUGGAUGGUUCUGUCUUCCCUGUCUAUAUUUGGUGUCCCAAAGAGGAAGGGCAAUUUUAUCCGGGUCGAGUGUCGAGGUGGUGGCUGAAGCAGUCUCUUGCACACUUGGAUAAGUCACUGAAAUCACUUGGAGCUGAACUAAUGCUUAUCAAAACUGAUAGUACUCUUGAGGCUCUUUUGGAAUGUGUAAAUGCAAUUCAAGCAACAAAAGUAGUGUUUAACCAUCUCUAUGAUCCGGUUUCGCUUGUUCGUGAUCACAACAUCAAAGAAAAGCUAGUGGAACUUGGUAUAAGUGUGAAAAGCUACAAUGGGGAUUUGUUGUUUGAACCAUGGAGUAUAUACGAUGAGACCGGACAUGCUUUUACAACCUUUGAUCCCUUUUGGAACAGAUGCUUGCAUAUGCAAAUCAAAGCUUUUUCACUUAUUCCUCCUCAAUUAAUUCUAGCGGAAGGAAAAGUUGGGAAAUGUUCAAUUGAACAACUAGGUCUUGAGGAUGAAUCAGAAAAAUCGAGCAAUGCAUUAUUAGGAAGAGCAUGGUAUCCAGGUUGGAACAAGACUGACAAGGCUUUAACCGAAUUUGUUGAACAGCACCUACUUCACUACUCCAAAAACAGGUUAAAGGUUGGUGGGGAUUCCACUUCACUCUUGUCACCAUAUAUUCAUUUUGGAGAACUGAGUGUGAGGAAAGUUUUUCAGUUGGCACGUACCAAGCAGAUAUUAUGGGCAAAUGAAGGAAACAGUGCUGGUGAAGAGAGUGCAACUGUUUUUCUCAGGGCCAUUGGACUUAGAGAGUACUCGCGCUAUCUUUGUUUCAAUUUCCCAUCCACCAUAGAGAAGCCACUGCUUGGGAACUUGGCAUUUUUCCCUUGGAAGACUGAUCCUGCCAACUUUAAGGCUUGGAGACAAGGUAGGACUGGCUAUCCUUUGGUUGAUGCAGGAAUGAGAGAACUAUGGGCAACAGGAUGGAUACACAACAAAAUAAGAGUCAUAGUUUCUAGUUUCGCUGUGAAAAUGUUGCUCAUACCAUGGAGAUGGGGAAUGAAAUAUUUCUGGGACACACUUUUGGAUGCAGAUCUUGAAAGUGAUAUCUUGGGCUGGCAGUACAUCUCUGGCUGCUUGCCUGAUGGCCACAAGCUUGAGCGCUUGGACGAUCCUGCGAUUCAUGGGGCUAAAUUCGAUCCAGAAGGUGAGUAUGUACGCCAAUGGUUGCCUGAGUUGGCAAGAAUGCCAGCUGAGUGGAUUCAUCACCCUUGGAAUGCACCCCUUACUGUGCUAAGAGCAUCAGGAGUUGAGUUAGGUCAAAACUAUCCGAAACCAAUCAUUGACAUAGAUCAGGCAAGAGAACAAUUGACUGAAGCAAUAUUCAAGAUGUGGGAAAAUGAGGCAGCUUCGAAAGGAUCUGGCUCAGAAGAGAGAAAUGAAGUUGUUGAUGAGAGUGAAAGUUUGGCCAUUCCAAAAGUUUUCUUGAAGGACAAGGUUUCGCACAUCACUUCUUCAUCUAAUGAUCAGAAGGUGCCAACACUUGAUAAUCCCCAGAUUGAUCCUCCUAAUAGAAAGAGACCAAAAUGUUCGGCAGAGGUCGAGCAGAAGCAGAAUAAUUCGCGAAAUCUUAGCAAGGAUACCGGGGUGUCAAGCAUUGAUCAAGACGUGUCCUCCACGGCUGAAUCUUCAUGCAAGAGGGAGAGUUCAAGCUCUUAUUCAUUCUCUGUCCCACAAUAAUGUUCCUCGUCUUCUAAUAUCAAAUUUUUUUAAGUCCUUUAUAGCUUCUCUUGAUUCACUAAGGCAUUGUUUCAUGAAGGAUGGUAUAUGAUUUUGUUGGAUAAAAUGCAUGCUCAAGAACCUUAUCAAACUCAGGAUAUUCUUUAUCUAUCCUCUAUUAAAGGCGUUUGGUUUUUUACUUUA